AUUUAACAUUUAAAAAGGUUUUGUCCAUAAAAUAGUGUUUUUAAUGCAAAUAAAAUUAUCAUGAAAUCAUUGUAUUUCCUAAUACUAUGCGUGUGUUUUACAUUUGGUUGUCCGCAACUGUCUAACCGGGGCUACGGUGGCCGGGGUUAUGGCGACCGGGACCGGGGCUAUGGAGAUCGGGAUCGGGGCUAUGGAGACCGUGACCGGGGCUAUCGGGGAAGGGACUACCCGGACAGCCAGUAUCGGGACCGGGGUUACAAUGACGACUGGGAGUUCGCCAACGAUCGCCAAUAUAGAGACAACGGCAAUGAAAAUAGCAUCUAUGGCGGGCCUCAAAGUCCGAGAGGUUACCAACUAUUUAGGGCUCAACGACAUGAGAUUGAGGACAAGGGUUACGAUCUCGGGUAUGACCUUGGUCAAGAUUAUGGCCUUAAAAUGGGAAGUGGUAUUCGCACAGGUAUUGGCAAAUCAUUUAUGAAGGGAAUGGCAGGACUGGGCUUUGGUAGGGGCAAAGGCGGUGGUGGCGGCCGUGGAGGCAAGGGUGACGAUGAUGACGACCAGGAUGAUAAUAAGAAGGGUGAUGAUGAUGGUGGUAGUAAAAAUAAAAAGGGUGGCCGUGGCGAUAGAAACUAUAUGAACACUCGCGAUUACCAGGAUGACCGUGAUCAUUGGGAACGAGACAAAUAUACCAGGCGCGUCGAUCCGCCCUGGAAUGUGGUCGGCCGUAGUUUAUUGAAAGAAAAAGAUAUACCGAGCAUAGGCUACGGACCAUUCAAACAGGACAGGGGAGACAUAGCUGACAGGAGCUACGAUAUCGGGUAUGUGUUGGGCCACGAGUACGGCGAGCGUAUGGGCGAUGGCAUCAAGACUGGGAUUAAACAGUCGUUUGAUGGCAUGACUAAAGGAAUGGGCAAAAGGGGUGGCAAAGGCAAAAAGAGUGGCUCUGGUGGCGGCAAUAGAGGUGGCCGUAAUAACGGUAGAGGUGUCGGCGGAUACGGCGGGGGUAAUGGCGGUCCAAUGAGAGGAGGAGGCGGUAGAGGUGGACGCGGUGGCAGUUCAGGAGGUGGCGGUCCUGGUAAAGGCGGUAGGGGUGGACCCGGUGGCGGCGAAAUGGGCCAAUUAGGGUAUGGAGUCUAUGAUUAUUACGAUUAUGAUAAUAAUUACGGUGACAUUGACCUUGGUGAUGUGACAAACGUAACCAAUGCAUUGCAAUAUAUCGAUAAUCUGGAAGCUAUUAUGUUUGCCCAUAGAUAUCAAGUGGGCUUUGGGGCCGGAUUUGGUGUGGGCCGCGAUGUCGGCCGCUUUCUCAGGGGUAUUAAAGACGGGGCGAAAAAACAGAUCGAGAAAAACAAUCGCAAAAAACCCAAAUCCAAAAAGGACCAAGAUGAAGACGAGGAUUACCCCGAUAAUGAAAAACCAGACAAAAAAGACCAAGGUGGUGGUGAUAAGGAUAAUGAUGGCGAUGGUGGCGACGGCUUUAUACGUAGCGACGGCACUGUCGGCCGGGAAGGCAAAGGCCGGGGAAAAGGAGGCAACAAAAACGGCGGCAAUAGAGGCGGCGAUGAGGAGGACAGGGAUGGAGAGGACGACAACGACGGCUCGUCCGGUGGCGGAAAGGGAGGCAAAAAUGACAACAAGAAUAAUAAGGGAAAGGGAGGCAAAGGUGGCGGCGAUGACGAUGAGGAGGGAGACGAUGGCAAAGGAAAGGGUGGCAAAAGUAAGGGACGGGGAGGCGAUGAUGGUAACGAUGAUGGUGACAGCGACGAUAACCAAGGUGGUGGUAAUAAGCAAAAGGGUGGCAAAAAGGGCCAAAAGGGUGGCGACGAUGACGACGAAGAGGGAGGGGACGAGGAGUCGGACGACGGAAAGUCUAAUAAGAAAAAGGGCGAUAAAAAAGGCAAGUCUGCCGGCGGUGGGGGCGACGACGACGAGGAGGGGGACGGGGAUGAGGAGAGCGGUGGCGGAAAGGGUGGCAAAAAUAAGGGAAAGGGAGGUAAGGGUGGGGGCGAUGAUGAAGAGGAUGAGAGUGGAGGCAAAGAGAAAGGAAAGGGAAGAAAGGGUGGUAAAGGAGGUGAUGGAGAAGAUGACGAGGAAGAGGGUGGCGAUGAUAGUAAUGGUGGAAAGGGUGGUAAAAAUAAGGGAAAGGGAGGUAAGGGUGGGGCCGAUGAGGAAGAGGAUGAGGACGACGACGGGAAAGGGAGUAAGAAUACAGGAAAGGGUGGCAAAAAGGGUCAGAAGGGCGGCGACGAUGAAGAUGAUGAAAAUGGGGGUAAAAAGAAGGGUAAGGGAGGGAAGGGUGGAGACGAUGACGACGAGGAGGGGGACGACGAUAAUGAGGGCGGAAAGAGUGGGAAAAAGAAGGGAAAGGGAGGUAAGGGUGGAGACGACGAUGAAGAAGAUGACGGCGAGAGUGGGGGCAAAGGGAAAAGUAAAGGAAGUGGAGGUAAGGGAAAGGGAGGCGACGAUGAGAAUGAUGAGGAAGAUAGCGACGAUGGGAGCGGUUCUGGUGGUAAAAAAGGUGGUAAAGGAAAAGGGGGUAAAAGUAAGGGUAAAACUGAUGGCGAGGACGACGACGAGGAUGAAGAGGGCGGCGAUAGUAAUGGUGGUAAAGGGAGUAAAGGAAAGGGAGGUAAGGGUAAGGGAGGGAAGGGUGAAGGCGAUGACGACGAUGAGGAGGGGGACGACAAUAGUGACGGCGGAAAGAGUGGGAAAAACAAGGGAAAGGGAGGUAAGGGUAAGGGAGGGGGUGAUGACGAUGAUAGUGAUGAGGGUAGUUCUGGUGGUAAAAACAGCAAGGGCAAGGGAUCUCGGGGUAAGAGAGGGGGUGGGGGCGAUGAUGAAGAUGAUGAUAGUGAUAGUGGAGGGGGUGGUAGUAGUGGUGGUCGUAGUAGUAAUAGUAGUAAAAAGGGAAAAGGAUCUAAGGGUAGGAGCGGCUCAGAUAGUGAUGAUGAUGAGAGUGGAGAUAGUGGUAAAAGUAGUAAGAAAACUAACCGGGGUUAG